AUGGAGAGUGUCAGGUUGUUGGGUGAGAGGAUCGUCGAGGAAUUAGCUCCAGUGGCCAAGUGAGUUUUCAGUUUAUGGCCAUGUUUUGAGGGUUUUUUGGGAGGAAAAUCGGAUUUUUCUAGGUGAAGUUUGUUGGUUUUAGUGGAAAGAUGAAUCCACAGCGUAUUUUACAAUAGCUAAAACGAAAAAAUCAUGUUUAUAAAAGCAUAACCUAUUUUACUCAAACUUUUUUCUGGAUCUAUAAUGAAAGAUUUUGUCGAUUUUACUCAUUUUUCAGGCGAAAAGUGUAGUUUUUCUUUUAUAAUUGAAAAAAUAGGUAAUACACAUAAAGUUUUAGGAUUUUUACUUUGAAAAAUGUUGCAAGAUUUGUUUUUAGACAUUAUUUUACAUUCAUGAUCUAAAAAUUUCAUGAAUUAGUCAACCUGGAACUCGUUAUAUUAAGCUUGCCAAAGUAUUGUAGUCAUACGUUUAAUUGUGAUUUUAACUUUAUUAAAACUAAAAUUAAUUCUCUUUUUUAAGAAAUAGUAAAAAUAUAAGGUAUGACGAUCUUUUUACCCAAGUUUUACAAUUUUAUAUUAAAAAUUAAAAUUAUGGCAACGAAACGUAAUAGGUGGACAAGAGUAAUAUUCAAAUUUUUUUGUGAAGCUGUUGGACUUUCUUAAAAACCUUUUACAAAAAGCAUUAUAUGAGGAUGGCAGACAUUUAACAUUUUUUAUUGGCUUAUAUAAAGUUCACAGAGAAAAAUUAUAUUAUGAUAGGUGAUCAAGUGUAUAAAAAUCAUAAAUUUAAAGUACAGUUUAAGAACUAAGUAAAUUCAUAUUGAAAUAGCAUUAAAUGAUAACUAAGAAACUUUUAAAUUCAAAAACAAAUUUUAAGUUGUAACAAUUUGACAGUUUUAUACCGUUUUCAGUGGUUUGGAGAACCUGGUAUCGAAUAUGGGCUUGAUCAAUCGGAAUGAAUCAGAACUCGUUGCAAAGCAAUUCUACGACGAGUUAGCCAAACAGCCAAACGUCGAUGAUAUUCUCGCCAAGUGAGUUACGCAUUUCAGCUAUUUUUGGGGAUUUCUCGAAAUAUUGAGUAAUAAUAUAUUGUAGCAGGUAUUACUAAUAUUAUUCAUCGUUUUUUGCUUAUAUUAAUGUUUCUUUUUAGUACACAAAGUUAAUUGUGAUAGGAUUAGUUAGAAAAUGUUGUUUAAGUAUUGUGUAAAUGGUUUAGCAGUUAAAAAUAGUCUUUAUUUGACUUUUAAUUGAGUAUUAGUGAGAGAGUGCGGUAAAGUAAGAGACGAGCAGAACUUUUGCAAAAUGCGUUGAAAAUGGAAAUCUAAGACGAUUUUAAAUAUUUUUGAAGAUUUUUUUAAAGUUUAAAUUUUUUUUGAAUGUGGAAUUUCAAAAUUUUAAAAUAUUUCUUGCACCGUGCAGUCAUUUUUAGAUUUUUCAAAUUCAGAAGCUUUUUUCAAUAUAUUGCUCUAUCUAUAGCAAAUUACUACUCCCAAUAUUAUAAAAACCGUAUCACUCAACUCUUUCCAGACACGAACUCCAACUAAUGCAGCUUCGUGACAUGAACCAAGAAACCUUGAGGAUAGCCAACAUGGCCAGUACCAGGAUGAGUGCCUUUCAACAGAAUAUGAAUGAAGAUUGGGAGAAUGUGCACAAGCUCGUAGAAUGGUCAAGGAACGGUCGUCGACUAGUCGGAACGAUAGAAACAUUGAAAGGUCAGUGUGAAGAGUUACAUCGACAUUUCCUACAAACUCAACUGGCAUUGGAGGCACUGGAUCGACUGGUAAAGGCGGCUUGA